CACGUACAUUGAUGUACAUGACUGUAUCUGAAUUUUGUCUGCAAUUAAAACAUCAAUUAAAUCAUAUUGGAUCGAAUCAUUUUGAUAACAGAAUAAGAACCAUCUCUCCACAUGAAUCGCGAUGAUGAUGUAGCCGUCGACUCCUCUUACUACUUUCAAUUUGAAAUCCAUAAUGUCGUCAAUGUGUCGGAUUCACUCCAUACUUUGUAGAGGGAUAAAGAAUGCAUCCUCUUUCAAGUGUGGUGGACUCUCGCAAAACAUCUUGAUGUCACAACUCCAAAUUACGACAAAGACCUAUCCUCAUUUGCAGAAAAUUCCUCAGAAAUUUAGCACCAGUACUAGUGGCACUGGAACUAAACUUUGCUCACAUGUCAGGGCACCCGGGCCCCUAGUUUUGAAAACUAUGGUUGCAUUAACAAUGCCAUUAUCUUUCAAAUCCGCAUUUGACAGACUGCUGGGGAAUAAGGAAAUGAUUAUACCGACGGUUGGUAAUGAUGACAAUAUACCCAGGGAAGUAUAUCAGGAAGUCGUAAUAAUAAAAAGAGAGCCUGGUUUUCUCAUGAAAAUAGUUUACUUCUUCUGGAAUGUUCUACGGAUAUCGUUCAGGACGAUACGAAUUAUUUGCACUUUAGUGCCAUUGUUCUGUUUUUAUCCGUUGACUUGGACGAGUGUUUGGAUCAAUGAAAAAUGGUGGAAUUUGCUAGUUUUGGCUAUCCAGUCUAUUGGGCCAACGUUUGUUAAGCUCGGACAGUGGGCGAGCACAAGGCGUGAUCUCUUCUCUGAUAAUUUUUGCAAUAAACUUUCCAAACUUCACCGACGGACGAAACCACAUUCAUGGUACUUCACAAAGAAGAAACUGGAGAAGGGAUUCGGCAAGCGUUGGAAGGAAAUUCUGAAAUUUGAUGACAAGCAUCACCCGAUAGGUUCUGGAUGUGUUGCUCAGGUUUACAAGGCAUACAUGCCCCAAGAGAUGGUGCUAGAUGAUGAUGUCCUCAACGAAAUUCUGCUCGAAAUCGAAGAUCAUGAUGAUCCAACAAUUAUGGACGCGUUUGAGGUGCUGGGAUUUCAUGACAUCAUCGGUCAGAUCGACAAGGGAUUAGAUGACGACAGUGAUGCGAAUUCAAGUUUUGAGGGAAAGCCGUAUGUCGAGACUGCCAAGCGGCCGCAUGCUGUGCCACUGCCCUCUGUUGCUGGAAAGACAGCUGGACAGAUCAAACCUCCCAAGUUGGACAAAGCCAAGCCACCUCCUGCCCGACCUGGCCCACAAGCACCACCAAGCAAGGAAGGAGAUUCUGGACCACCUCCUGGCCUCGUCCCUGUUGCUGUCAAGGUGCUUCAUCCCGGCAUUUAUCGCGCUGUCCAACGAGACAUAAAGAUACUGCGUUUUCUUGCCAAAGUGGUCGAGUUCAUCUUCCCGAAUUUGAAGUGGCUGAGUGUGAGAGAGUGUGUGGAGGAGUUUGCUGACCUCAUGGAGAGACAGAUUGACCUCAGAGUUGAAGCCAGAUGCCUUGACAAGUUUUACGACAACUUCGAAGAUAACCCCAACAUCCGUUUUCCCCGCCCAGUACGUCCAUUCGUGAAGAGGAGCAUCCUAGUUGAGACAUUUGAGGAGGGAGAACCAAUGUCUAAGUACAUGCGACGAGAUAUCCAAGCUGCUGAGGGGCUGAAGGAGAAGAUAGCUUCCAUCGGUAUUGAGGCCUUACUUCAAAUGAUAUUUCAAGAUAACUUUGUCCAUGGAGACCUCCAUCCUGGGAAUAUCCUAAUAAUGAAUGCAGCUGAAUUUGAACAACAAGACGACUCGAAAUUGGUCCUCGUUGACGUGUGCGAUACUCUGAUCAUAAACGUCAAGCCGGUUGAGUGUCCUCUGCGGCUUGUCCUGUUAGAUGUCGGCAUCGUCUCCCAGCUCAGCGAGAAAGAUAAAGAGAACUUCACUGAGGUAUUCAGGGCUGUCGUCCUCGGCGAAGGUGAGAAGGUAGGAGAGCUGCUCCUGGAUAAUGCGUGUCAUCAGGAGUGUGUGAAUAUGCAAGGCUUCAAGGACGACAUCGCUGACAUCGUGAAUGCGGCAAGAAAGCAAACGAUAAAACUUGGGAAGAUCCAAGCUGCCGAGCUUCUAACUAGUGUCUUCUCAACACUCAGCCGACACAAAGUGAAACUGGAGAGUAAUUUUGCCUCGAUCGUCAUUGCGAUCAUGGUUCUGGAAGGACUCGGUCGCGUAUUAGAUCCCGAGUUGGAUCUACUGGAAAAGGCUCGACCCAUGCUUCUCUCUUCAUCAUGAUAAUAGCCAUACUGCACAUAAAUCCAAGGGACAAUACAAGAGAGAGCUGACCUUUGAUGAACCCUAUUAGGUGGCACAGCGAAUGUGUCUUACGGUGCCUGUCAUCACUUAACUUUGUUCAUUCUGUUUCUAGAGUAUUUGCAAGUCCCUGACACAAAAAGUGUCAUUCAAGGACAUUUGUUUGAGGGGUGAAUCUACUUUGACAGUUUUCCAAUCUGAGUCAUUAUGAGAAGGAACACACAGUCAGGUCAGUGGGCAUAAGAUGUACAUGAACUGUAUGUCGGUUGCCAGAGCUUGGUUGAAGUUCCUUGGGUGAUUAGGCAAUCGACGCCAAUAAAGGCCCAGGAUGAAUAUCUCUAAGGGAAUCUUUUGUUAAAGUCCACUCACUGCUAAAAAGCAGGUCGAGGACAUAUGCUUUAUUCACUACUAUAAGUUUAUGUCUGUUGAUUUCAUCAGUGCAGCUUCGUGUAAAAUUGCCAUGGUGGAAGAGGUAUCUACACACUAGUGACCUAAACAUCCUAAAGGGGGAGGACAUUUGCAUUUAGUAUGAUUGUGUGCUUGAUCUCUGUCAUUUUUGUUUACACUAAGUUUUAAAUUUCAAUCAUGACAUUUUAAUUGAAGCAACAUGUAUAUAACAGCUAAAUGUACAUAAAGUGAUUUAUAUGACAAUAAAUUCACAAUGCUAUACUUCA